AUGAAUGCCAACACACUCACGAUCCACUGGCAUGUGGAGAAUAUGCCUGUAUAUUCAGUGGCAUUUCAGCCUCAAACAGGAUCAAAUCUAAUCCCCAAUCGAUUGGUUACAGGAGGAGGUGAUAAUAAUAUCAGAAUUUGGAAAAUAGAUCAUAAACAUAUACCGACGAAUCAAAUUGACCAACAACCACAGCAAUUAUCAUCAUCACAGACGAAAGUUGAAUAUCUCAGUACUUUGAAAAAACAUACUCAAGCCGUCAAUGUGGUAAGAUUUAAUCAUAAAGGACACUUAUUGGCGACAGCUGGAGAUGAUGGAACUUUAAUGAUAUGGAGACUUUCCGAUAAAAUAAUAAAAUCAUUUGAAGAUCAAGGAGAAGAUGAGGAUGAAGAUGAUGUCGAAUCAUGGGAAGUGGUAUUACAAUUAAGAUCAUCCAUGUCUGAAAUCAACGAUAUUUGUUGGUCUCCUAAUGAUGAUUAUAUCAUAGCUGGAUCUAUGGAUAAUACUGUACGAAUUUAUCAUUUAGAUUUUAAUGGAGCCAAUUCUAAAAUUACAGGAAAAUUAUUCAUAUCAUUUAAUAAUCAUCAACAUUAUGUUCAAGGUGUUAGUUGGGAUCCCUCCAAUCAAUUCAUAGCCACUCAAUCAUCAGAUCGAAGUAUUAUUAUAUAUAAGAUAAUUCAUGAUACUAAAGAUCAGGGGAAAAUCAAAUCAAUUAAAUAUUUAACUAAAUUAACUAAGUUUAAGAAUAAUUUCAUGUAUUAUCCUGAAACUUUACAAUCAUUCUUUAGAAGAUUAACUUUUUCACCAGAGGGAAGUUUAUUAAUCACUCCAUGCGGUAUUGAUGAAUCAUCUUCCACCAACUCAGUAUAUGUAUAUUCUCGAAAGAGUUUAACCACAUCACCUAUAUUCAAAAUAACAGGCUUAAAUAAACCAGCUACAGUUAUUUCAUUCAAUCCAAACCUAUAUCAAUUACCAGAAUCAAAAUUAGAAACAUCCUCAUCACAACAUAAAUUAAAUUUACCAUAUCAAAUGAUAUUUGCAGUUGCCACCCAAGAAUCUAUCAUAAUUUAUAAUACGAGUGAUUUCCAACCUUUAGGUUAUGUAUCCAAUUUACAUUAUAGUUAUAUAACUGAUAUUGCAUGGAGUCCCGAAGGAGAUAAGAUCAUUGUAUCUUCUACAGAUGGAUUUUGUUCAGUUAUAUCGUUUGAUGAAGGUAUAUUUGGACUGAUUUAUGAGGCACCAAUAGAGAAAGUUGAAGAGAAGGUGAAUACAGAAGUAGUUGAUCCUAUAAGUGAACCUGUCAAGGAGGUGGUUCUUGAUGUUGAAGAGGAGAAGAAAGUCGAAGAAGUGAGCAUUGAACCAGUUAACGUGGUAGUGCCUAUUGAAGUGGACGAAGUUAAGAGGGAUGAAGAUAAUGAUAUAAUAAUGAUUGAUGAUGAUGCAGGUGAACAACAAUCAAACAAGGAAAAUAUCAAUCAAGUUCCUGAACCAAUCGUUUCAAAAACACCAACUAAAACCAUUGAUCAAUUCUUUACUAAAGUAAGUGAUACUCCUUCUAAAAAGGAUAAAUCAAAAAAAGAGUGGUACCAACCUUAA